AUUAAUGUCCAUAGUUUAAGAUUGUUGAAGCACGUGAAAAUUUCCAAAAAUUUAUAAUCAAAAUAAAUAAUAACCUACAAAUUUUAAAUAAUGGAUACAGACGAUUUAUCUAAUGAAAAACCUAUUCAAACGAAAAAACCUAAACGAGGUAUUAUAUAUUUAUCGACAAUUCCACCUUAUAUGAAUGUGGCACGUAUCAAAGAAUAUUUUGAAAGUUAUGGUAAAGUAGGAAGAAUUUUUUUACAACCAGCCGUUCCAGAGGAUGCAUCUGGUGAGCCAAUAAAAAAGAAGAAACGACGAAAAUUUGCAAAACACUUCACAGAAGGUUGGAUUGAAUUUGAGAAAAAAUCCAUUGCAAAGCAAGUAGCGUUACAAUUAAACAAUAAACAAGUUAAUAGUCGAAAAAAUUCGAAACAAUAUGAUUGCCUUUGGAAUAUAAAAUACUUAACGGGUUUCAAAUGGAUACAUCUAAAUGAACGAUUAGCGUAUGAAAAAGCAAUGCGAAGACAAAAAUUACAAACAGAAAUUGCACAAGUUAAGAAACAAGCAACGAUAUUUAAUCUUAAUUUACAAAAAGGUUCAAAAUUGAAAAAGACAAUUACACCUAGUUUUAAUUUUGCACCUAAAAGUAAAGAGAAAUUAUUAAAACCUGAAACUGAUGAUCGAGGAGCGUUUGUUGAAAAUCUGUUUAAUUAA